UCAUUGAACAGAGCCCAUGAUGGCGGCGCUGGGUGCGAGUGAAGUGAUCGCCCAGCUGGAGAGCGCUGCCAAAGUUUUAAUGGCUCCGCCAUCCAUGGUCAAUAAUGAACAACGGCAGCACGCAGAACACAUCUUUCUCUCCUUUAGAAAAUCCAAGUCCCCCUUUGCCGUAUGCAAACACAUAUUAGAAACUAGUAAAGUGGACUACGUCCUUUUUCAAGCUGCCACGGCGAUCAUGGAGGCUGUUGUAAGAGAAUGGAUCCUGCUGGAAAAAAGUAGCAUAGAGUCACUCCGAACAUUCCUAUUAACUUAUGUCUUACAAAGGCCCAACCUUCAGAAAUACGUACGAGAACAGAUCCUGCUGGCAGUAGCGGUCAUAGUAAAGAGAGGAUCUUUAGACAAAUCGAUUGACUGCAAGAGCAUUUUCCAUGAAGUUAACCAACUGAUCAGCAGCGGUAACCAUACUGUACAAACGUUGGCUUGCUCCAUAUUAACAGCACUGCUCAUCGAAUUCUCCAGCUCCAGCAAAACCAGCAACAUCGGCCUCAGCAUGGAAUUUCACGGGAACUGCAAAAGGAUAUUUCAGGAGGAGGAUUUACGGCAAAUCUUCAUGUUAACAAUAGAAGUUCUACAGGAAUUCAGCAGACGGGAGAACCUCAACGCUCAGAUGUCUUCGGUAUUCCAGCGCUAUCUUGCACUAGCCAAUCAAGUUUUAAGCUGGAACUUUCUGCCGCCAAACUUGGGCAGACAUUAUAUAGCAAUGUUUGAGUCCUCCCAAAAUGUGAUGUUGAAGCCGACAGAGUCCUGGCGUGAAACCCUCCUGGACAGCAGAGUCAUGGAGCUUUUCUUCACAGUUCAUCGGAAAAUCAGGGAAGACUCUGACAUGGCCCAAGACUCUCUUCAGUGCUUGGCACAGCUGGCAUCUCUCCACGGACCCAUCUUUCCCGAUGAGAGGUCGCAGGUCGAUUACUUGGCACAUUUCAUUGAAGGAUUACUAAACACGAUUAAUGGGAUAGAAAUAGAAGAUUCGGAAGCGGUGGGAAUUUCCAAUAUAAUCAGUAACUUAAUAACCGUCUUUCCACGCAAUAUUCUGACUGCCAUUCCUAACGAACUGUUCUCGUCUUUUGUGAACUGCCUCACACACCUCACGUGUUCCUUUGGAAGGAGUGCGGCUUUAGAGGAAGUACUUGACAAAGAUGACAUGGUGUACAUGGAAGCUUAUGAUAAGCUGCUGGAAUCCUGGCUCACGUUGGUGCAAGAUGACAAACAUUUCCAUAAAGGCUUCUUCAUCCAGCAUGCCGUCCAGGUGUUCAACUCCUACAUCCAGUGCCAUCUUGCUGCUCCAGACGGCACCCGGAAUUUGACUGCUAAUGGUGUUGCCUCCCGGGAAGAGGAAGAAAUAAAUGAAAUUCAGGAAGACGACCGUGACUUAUUUUCUGAUCAGCUGGCCAGCGUGGGGAUGCUAGGCAGGAUAGCAGCGGACCACUGCAUACCUCUGCUGACAAGCUUGUUAGAGGAUCGAGUGACAAGACUUCAUGGGCAGCUACAAAGGCACCAGCAGCAGCUACUGGCCUCCCCAGGAACAGGGUCAAUAGAUAAUAAAGUGCUGGAUGACCUGUAUGAGGACAUUCACUGGCUCAUUUUAGUUACAGGCUACCUCUUGGCUGAUGAUGCUCAGGGUGAGACUCCAUUAAUACCUCCAGAAGUAAUGGAAUAUUCAAUUAAACAGUCAACCGAGGUGGACAUCAAUACGACGCUGCAGAUCCUGGGAUCUCCUGGGGAGAAAGCAUCUUCAAUACCCGGGUGUAACAGGACCGAUUCCGUUAUCAGGUUACUGUCUGCGGUUCUCAGAGCUUCAGAAGUAGAGUCACGUGCCACGAGGGCAGAUCUGACCCAUCUCCUCAGCCCCCAGAUGGGCAAAGACAUUGUCUGGUUUCUGAAACGGUGGGCAAAGACGUACCUCCUAGUGGAUGAAAAACUGUACGACCAGAUCAGCUUGCCGUUAAAUACAGCCUUUGGCGCAGACACGGAGGGAUCCCAGUGGAUCAUCGGCUAUCUUCUAGAAAAAGUGAUCAGCAAUCUAUCGGUGUGGAGCUCGGAGCAGGAGCUGGCUAAUGACACUGUACAGCUAUUAGUCACCCUGGUAGAAAGGAGAGAAAGGGCCAAUUUAGUAAUCCAGUGUGAAAACUGGUGGAAUCUUGCCAAACAAUUUGCACGGAGGAGUCCUCCCCUAAACUACCUGUCCAGCUCUGUGCAGAGGACGCUCAUGAAGGCUCUGGUACUGGGAGGAUUUGCUCACAUGGAUUCGGAGAUGAAACAGCAAUACUGGACGGAGGUUUUGCAGCCUCUACAACAGCGAUUCUUGAAUGUCAUAAACCAAGAAAACUUCCAGCAAAUUUGCCAAGAGGAGGAGGUGAAGCAGGAGAUCACGGCCACACUAGAAGCCCUCUGCGGAAUUGCAGAAGCCACGCAGAUAGAUAACGUGGCCAUCCUCUUCAACUUCCUCAUGGACUUUUUAACUAACUGCAUUGGGUUAAUGGAAGUCUAUAAAAAUACCCCAGAGACUGUGAACCUUAUUAUAGAAGUUUUUGUAGAAGUUGCACAUAAACAGAUUUGUUACCUUGGAGAGUCCAAAGCCAUGAAUCUGUACGAAGCCUGUCUGACCCUGCUUCAGGUAUAUUCCAAAAAUAACCUGGGAAGAAAGCGUAUAGAUGUAACGGCCGAGGAGGAUCAGUAUCAGGACCUGCUUCUCAUCAUGGAGCUCCUCACAAAUCUGCUCUCUAAAGAGUUCAUUGACUUCAGUGACACAGAUGAAGUUUUUCGCCCCCAUGAACAAGGACAAGCCACAAAUCGGCCGGUGUCUGCCGCUGAUGUAGUUUUAUAUGGUGUCAAUAUUGUGCUGCCGUUAAUGUCACAAGACUUACUAAAGUUCCCAUCAUUAUGUAACCAGUACUACAAGCUGAUCACGUUUAUAUGUGAAAUUUUCCCUGAGAAGAUUCCCCAGCUUCCAGAAGAUCUGUUCAAGAGCCUCAUGUAUUCUCUUGAGCUAGGGAUGACCUCAAUGAGCUCGGAGGUUUCCCAGCUCUGUCUGGAAGCUUUAACGCCAUUAGCGGAGCAGUGUGCGAAAGCACAGGACACGGACUCCCCUUUGUUUGCUGCAACAAGGCACUUUCUAAAGCUGGUCUUUGACAUGCUUGUCUUACAAAAACACAACACGGAGAUGACGACGGCCGCAGGCGAAGCGUUUUACACAUUGGUCUGCUUAAACCAGGCAGAGUACGCAGAGUUGGUGGAAACACUAUUAUCCAGUCAGCAAGAUCCCCUCAUUUACCAGCGUUUAGCCGAUGCCUUCAACAAACUGACGGCAAGCAGCACGCCUCCCACCUUGGACCGGAAACAGAAAAUGUCCUUCCUCAAGAGUCUGGAAGAAUUUAUGGCCAACGUCGGAGGUCUCCUCUGUGUUAAAUGAGAGGCCAAACUUUUAGAGUACCCUCUCGGCAAAAUGCACUGAACCUGCUGAUGGCCGUCUAACCCCCCACAACUUGUUCCCAGGCUUACACUUGCAUCUCUGGGUGGUUUUUAAAGAGUUAUUUAAGUUUCAAAAACAAACAAAGGGGUCAGUAAGAUGCGUCAGCUGCAUUACUAUUCAUGAAGCACAGGGCCGUGCUUCAGCGGAUGAAUGGGUAAAGGUAUUUUUUUAAAGAUAUUUCCAUAUGCCUGCAAACAGAUAACGGGCACGCCUGUUCUUUGCAGUGCCUUUCCCCCUCCCAUCACCCUUUCGUCGGACGCGUGAAUGAUAUAUAUAUAUUUUUUUUUAUUCUAUAGAAUAUUUUUUCCAUGUUUAAGAAUGUUAGACCGAAUGUGCAAUAGACACGAAUAUGUAAAGGGUGUCUAUGCGCAAAUCAUCUGUACGAGGUUUCUUUCCCUCUCCUUCCACACCCUCGGUUUUGCUUCUGAUUUAAAUCAGUACACCAAAUGAUUUAUUUUUAUUUUGGACUUUUUUUUUUUUUAGAAGCACACACAAGAUAUGGAAUUAUGGAAUAAUUUUUGUGCACAUGAACUAAGCAUUGCAUGAUUUAAUGUUUUUGGGGUUUUUUUUUUUUUUUUUGUUUUUGCCUUGCCCUACGUGAUUAUCGGCCAAGUGUAUAAUGCAAAGGGGAGAAAUAAUUUUUGUAAUAGAAUUAAUUUGUCACCAUUUCAUUGCCUUAUAAAAUAUAUAAUGUGUAUAUUUUAAUAUGUAUUUGGGUUUUCUAACCCUCCCAAAAUAGUUCUUGAGCACCUGUGUAGGGCAUGCAGCCUUUUAAGUCCAUGCCAUUUUCUGGGGUCAUCUGGAUGAAAGCGUUACGUGUGUAUGUGAAAUGAUUUGCACACCCAGGCUCUGUUUUGUUUUUUGAUCUUUGUUUCCCUCCCCUCCCUCUUUUUAUAUAAUUUUUAUUCCCCGUCGGACUGUUAGUUUCAGCAAUAGAAAAAGGUGUAAGCCGACCACGUCUACACGCUUUUUUUAAAUUGGGGCAUUAAGUGAUGCAAAUGAUGCUGUUUCAGUCAAAUGUUUCUAGUGUGUCUUUUUUUUUUUUUUUCUUCCUUUUUUUUUAAAUUUGUAUAAAAUGUACAGUGUAAACAGCUCCAAUUCUGUUGCCCUUUUUUUUUUGUA